AUGUACGAAGCACUCUCCGGCGACGAAGUCACAGAUCCUUAUAUAAAUCAGCAGAGAGUGCUUCUGAAUACAGGGAAACCAUCACAUACCUCGCGUUUGCCAAGAGCGGAGAGCGUGGAUGAUCAGCCUUACAAGGCCAUCGAGCUGAAGCCAUGGACGACAACUUCUCCUGUGGUUUGGUAUGACCAGCAGCGCCCACGUGCGAAACGAUUCUGGCAAGACACCCUAGCUGAGCUGCGCACAGUCAAGUGGAAGAAAUGGGCUGGGCUGUUCGCGAGUCUCAUCCUACCGCCAACAUUCAUCCUCUGGCUCAUACUUGCGACGAUCGUGAUCACAUUUCCCGGAAUCCUGUUCCAAACCGAUGAUGUGUGCAGACCCGAUGGAAGCUUCUAUGUUGGACUUGGCUCUUACGACCCCUGGCAUACAGCGAGUCUCUUUCAGAUCGAUGUUGGCUUCGGACGACUUUCCUUCGCAAAUGCUAAGCUUAUCGAUUUCUUGUUCGAUCUCCUGGUAGGACGUGGAGGUCAACUACUUCUUGGCUACAUUGCGUACAUGGUGUGCACCAAGUCACUCAUACGACAUAUGGAGCAUCACAGCGUUCCCAUCACGACCUUCGAGGCCCUUACCAUACAGGAUCACAGCAUGACAGGCCUCAUGAAACUCGUGAAAGGGGUCUCGGGGAACCGCGAUGCGCGCUCAAUUGCUAGUAUGGUAUGGUUUGCGAUAGCCACAGCCUACAUACUGCUCUUUCCUACCUUUGUUUCGGCGAUGAGUGGGUACAGUGCCAAUGUGGAGGCGUAUAUCGAGGUCGACUCCGGCCCGCUAGUACCAUGGGACGAAUUUGAUGAGGUGCGCUACAUAAUCCACGACGGAGCACGCCUCGGUGGAGCGUUUCAUAACGAUUAUGCCAUCACAGUUCCGCACGCCUCUUCGAGUUAUGGAAGCAGCGAGUUCUGGGGAGACUGUUCGAGCAAUGUGAGCUCUCUGCUUUACGACUACGAUAGCCGUGAGUACACUGUCGCCCCGAAUCUUCAGUUGGACUACAUGACUCCACAAUGCAGGCAACUCUGGAAUGUUGCAGUCUAUACCAAUACCAGUGGGUUUCUGGGUCUUGAUCAGACUUCUUCCACGUUCAACACCACAGACGGCGACAGCAUCCAGCUUCAGAGUCCAGUCCUAAACAUAUCUGCGUAUUACUCGUCCAGCGAGAAAGCAUCAGACUCCUAUCAGUACUCAACAGAAGGCGAGUGGAGUGCCUAUGAUUUCGCGCAAUACGGCUCCGGCUUCUUCUGGAAGAAUCCCCAGACCAACAACUACACCUUCGGCGACACCUACAACCCACUGGUAACCUACGAUGAUAGGACGUACACUUCGGGCGAGAUCGAAAGUCUGGGUCACUGCCAGCAGACCGUCGUACAGUACAAGUGGGGCUUCUCCUUCAUGCUGCUCUUCAGCCUGCUGAUCUCACUCGUCAUCUGGAGCACUGGCAUGUACGCGACGUAUCUCGACGCUUUCCUACAUUCCAGCCUGGACUCGUCAAGACGACAACUCGGUCUUAAACGUGCGACGCUCGAUCUAGCAUCCGCCAUGACACCACAUAUAUCGCCGGACCAAAUGGAAAGCGCCAGCAAUACCAAGCUCAAGAACUUACUUGUCGAUAGUAAAAUCACUUACAACCACCUCCUCGACCAUCUCGCUACCUCCACGCGUGCGGCGAAGUUCCGAUAUAAGUGGAGGGCAUUCAAGUUCACACGCUACUGGAUGCAGGAAAAGAUCUGGAGCACGCUGUUCGUCAUCGCAUUGCUUAUGUGGAUUGGGUCAAUACCAUAUCCAGGUCCAUGGCUACCACCGCUUCUCGCCAAUACAAUACUGCUGAUGAGUCUGAGCGUCACGCUCUACGCUGGCCGAUAG